GAUGUAGGAGAAGAGGUCCCUGCUAAGAUCAGGCAUACUCGUCCCCGUUCCCAGGUUGCUGAGAUGUUGCAAUCGCAUGAUGACUCUCAUAUGCAGCAGAGUGCCAGUACUAGUGCCGCUCUACCUUUUGAUGAACUGGUGAGCACCAGCAGCCUAGAACAUCCUGGUCUUUCACAUACCAGCACUGCAGUAUCACUUGGUGACAUGGCAAGUCCCAUAAGUACAGUACAAGCUGGUGCAGUGGCGAGCACAAGUAGAGUCCCGCAGCCCACCAAGAAUUCGUACACAGGCCCGUAGAGCCCCUAGUAUCCUUCUGGAUGUGCUUGCAAAUCCCGAUUGGUAGCCCACAAAUUCUGCAGCAGCAUCACGACGUCUUCACUGCCCAACCCGGA